AUGCUCCCAGUGGUAGGCGCGGGCUGCGGUGCACUGUUCGACAAGCCACACAGCUUUUCGACCUGCGGCCACACCUUCUGCUAUGAAUGCGUGAUAUCCACCCUGGAGGGUCCCGGCAUCAGCAAGAGCGAGUGUCCCGUCUGCAGCAGGCCGGGGUGGAAGAAUGACCUCCGCAAAAACCACCCACUCGCCAGUGUGGUAGAGACCACGCAGAAGAUUUCGAUCAACGCGGACAAGAACCAGGAGCAGAAGCAGGCAGCGGCAAGGGCGUCACGGCGCAAGCAUGCACAGUCCGCAGCACCACCCGUCGGGCCCGGCAGCACUGCGGCUGCCUCGGACGCAGCGCGCGGCAGUGUCGGCGCAGCGGUUCGGCAGCAUGCCAGCCGCAGCCGCAGCCCAAGCGCGAUGCGGCGGCGGUGGGAUCGUUCCGUGCCUGAUCCAGAGGCCCAGGAAGGGGAGGAGGAGAUGCUGGCACUGCCGCCGCCCGCCCCUGAGGAGCUGCCUGCCCUGGAGGUGGAGCUGGAGCUGCUGAAGCAGGCGCUGCUGCUGUGUGACCAGCUGCCGUGCCUGGGCGGCCCGGCAGCCCCGGCAGCCGAGGGAGGCAGCGGCAGCGCAGCGGCGGCGGCAGCGGCGGCGGCAGAUUUGGGAGCACAGCCUUCUGAGCCGGCUGCGGAUGGCUGCCCUGCAGUCAUGGCCCCUCCCCAGCACGAGCCAUGGCAGAAGGAGGCAGCAGCCGUGGCGCAACCUGAGGCAGAGAUGCAGCAAGCUGCUCCGGCGGAAGCAGCAGCAAACCCGGCAGCACUGCAUGUUGAGGGCGUGCAGGGCGAGCGGGUGUUGCAGGUGCUGGGCCCAACUCAGGAGCUUGAUGAUGAGACAGGCGAGCGCCGCUUGUCAGGUCGGAAGCGGCGCAAGCGCUACUCUGGGCGCAGCGUGUCGGCAGCCAGCCGCACCGCGUCUGCCGUCACGACUGCGGCAGGGCCUGGCAGGGUGGGGAAGCAGGAGCAGGCGCAGCAGCCAGCUGGCGCUGCACAGGCGGCUGUUGCUGGUGGCAGCGGCAGCGCCUUGCAGAAGCGUGUGGCCCCGGGAGCCAACAGCAGCAGCGACGAUGACGACGCUUUCAAGCAGCCGCCGGCGCGGCGGCAGCAGCGCACGGUCCAGCAGCGGGGUGCGGAGCGGCCCUGCAAGGCGGCCCUGCGGUGCGGCGAGAAGGUGGAGGUGCUGUGGGCGGUGGGGUGCCAGGCGGGCGCCCAGCUGGUGCCUUUCCACGGCCAGGUGGUGGCAGUCAACCCGGCAGAGGGGCGGCACCAGGUUGAGUACGUGGAUGGCGAGGUGGCGUGGCACGACCUGGAUGAGGAGCAGUGGCGGCUGCUGUCGUACCGCGAGUACCAGCAGGCGGUACAGCAGUACCAGCAGCGCAGCAGCAGCACUCAGGGCAGCGGCGGCAGCUCCUCGCCAGCAAGCACGGAGGGCAGCGGCAGGGUGAGCAGUGGCAGCGAGGGGGCAGGGCAUGUCGGUGCAGCGGCGCCGCCCGCUGAGAAGGCACCACCCGCAGCAGCUGCGGCCGCAGGCGCGGAUCCCUAUCUGUUCAUCUCCAACACAGAGGUGCAGGUGGAUGCAGCGCUGCCACCUGGCAGGCCGCCAGGGCAGCAGCAUCAGACCCACAGCGUGCAGCAGAGGCCAUUGCCGGCAAGGAGGCCGUUGGCGCCGCCGCCUAAGUUCCACCAGGCUCCGCAGCAGCCCCACAAGCAGCUGCCGCCGCCACCGCAGCACCAGCAUAGAGAGCUGCAGCAGCAGCUGGAGUCCUCACAGCUGCACGACCCCGAGUGGUUGCAGGCAGCCGCCGGCAAGCCCGCGGAGCAGCAGCAGCUGCCGCACUCGGCAGCAGCAGCCCCAGCAGCAUCGGCCGCUGCCAUCCAGCAGCAGUUUGGAAGAAAGCGCAAGCUCCUUCCUGGUGAGGAUGGCGUGCUGCCUGACAGGCUGGAAGCACCAGUCUCUACUGCUGCUGCUGCCGGCGGCGCAGGCCAUGCCCCGCUGGCUGACAGCCAGCAGGGGGAGCAGCAGGAGGAGGGGCACACGGCAGCUGCCACCCACCAUGCGCCAUCUACCCAGGAUGCCGCCGGAGCGCUGUUUGAAAUGCUGGCUGGGCAACAGCCCAUCCCAUUGGCGGCGGCAGCCAGCGGAGGUGCCAUUAAAGGCAGAGGUGCCCUGCCGCUGCAGCCAACCGGCAGGCACAACACGGCGGCACCGGCAUCAGCAGCCGCCACUUUUGUGCCCGCCAGCCAGCUGCUGGUGAAUGGCCAGCAGCCAGCGGCGUGUGCAGCGCCGCCAGCACCGGCGGCAGGCAUGCCUGCCGGCCCUGCAUCACGGCGCAGCGGCAAGGUGCUUCAAGACCCGGGCCUCUUUGCCAGCGACAGCGAGGAGGUGGGCAUUGGCGCAGCCCCUGUGGAAGCAGCGCCAGCAGCAGGGGGCCCGGCAGCAGCCUCGGAGCUUGGGGAUGUCCAGCAGGGAGGCCACUCCGAGCAGCAGGAGCAGGAGGGAGAGGAGGAGGCGCCGCCUGCGCUGCGGGUGCAAGAUCUGUUCAAGGGCGCAUCACCUUCCCAGCCGAGCCUCCACGGCUCUCCCGAGGCGUCACCUGCCGAAGGGCAGGCGGCGGCGGGGCCGGCGCCGGCACCCGCUAGCGGCAGUGGCACAAGCCUCGAUGCGCCGUGCCAGCCCGCCGCCGGCCGGCGGUGCUGGGUGAUUGGCGGCAGCAACACGGAGAUACAGGGGCAGGCGCUGCGGCUGCAGGCGCUGCUCGGGGGGCUGGAUCUGGAGGAGAGUGUGACAGAGCGCACCACACACGUGCUGGUGACUGUCGACGACCAUGGCCGCCUGAAACACCGCAGGCACGCCCCGUCCCCCGGCCUUGCCCGCCUGCCCUUCAUGCAGUACCUGCAGGCCCUGGCCCACGGCUGCUGGUUGGUGAGCCACGCGUAUGUGGGCGCCUGCCUGGAUGCGGGGGCCUGGGUGCCGGAGAGGCAGUACCAAGCGUGGGGCCAGAACGACAGCCGCGAUGCGCCCAUGCUUGCGCGGCGGCGCCGUGCCACGGGCGCUGCCGGCCUCUUUGCUGGGCGCCGCAUUUUCCUGGUGGCGGAGCGCGGCGGCAGCGGGGCGGUGCACAGCAAGCUGGCUGCCACCCAGCAGAUGGUGGCGGCAGAGGGCGGCACGCUCGUGCGCAGCCUGGCUCAUGGCGAGGGCGGCGGGCGUGGCGGCGCAGCGGCCACGCCCUCCCCAUCCCCCGAGGGCUCCACGCUGCUGGUGUGGAUGAUCCAGACUAAGCAGGAGGCACUGGCAGCGCUGAAGCACGCGCAGAGGCGCUACCCCGGCCGCCCUGUGCACCACCCAAACUGGGUGUUUGACAGCCUGUGCCGCGGCAGGUGCCUGGACCCAGCUGGUUACGUCGUCACGGAGGAGCGACCCUUGCCAUCCGCCCUAUCUGCCAGCGGCGACAGCGGCAUCGGCAGGAUGAGCCAGGCGACGCAGGGCUGAUGGUGCUGCCCCUUCGUAUACCUCAUGUGUUGGGCAGGGGAAGCACCAGCUUAGCGGCACACCAGCUUGGUGGUCGCAUGCCCGGCCCCCUACUUACCCACGCUUCCUUUGCAAUUCCUUGUCUUUGAUUCUAAUUGAUUUUCGUAAUUGUUUGGCUUUGCUACCAGUGAUUCAACCUAGCCCACUUAUUUGCAAUGUGCCUCCUGGC